AUGCUUGAUGAUUUAUUAGAUAUUCCUGGCGAUGAUUCAUGCGAUGUUCCCGGCGAUGAUUUAUACAAUGUUCCUAGUGAUAAUUUAUAUGAUGUUCCUGUGAUGAUUCAUAUGAUGUUCCUG